UUCACCAGCAUUGGGGGUGUACUUCCCGUGUUGUUACUCACAAUGGGGUGAAUCGGCGUUUAUUUGUAGCGAUUCUGUGUUUAAUUUCCCUAUUUUGUUCCUUAUUUUUGUUGGUAAAACAUGUCUUUUUUUCGUACGUGUGGUGUUCCUGGUGGGACUGCCGAGUGGAGUGGUAGCAGCAGCGAUGUUUCACAAGACGUUGUUAGCGAUUGGCACAACGGCUCCAUGCAAGUCUAUGGUUCGGUGACUAGGAGAUACCUGACAGUGUUCAACAAGUUUGAUAAUGGAUGUGGCAAACUCGAUAGGAAAGAACUCAUUCGAGCAGUUAAUUACUUGAAGGUAUUUCCAUCACGAUCCCAAGUUUAUUCUAUGCUGCGAUGUGGGAGAGAAUGUUCAGGUCGGGAUUCUGAAGAUUGGAUUACAUUGGGGGAGUUUUGCGUUUUUGCUGCUGAGUUUGAGGAGUAUUAUCAACAACAAAGUUGUUUGAAUGUUGAGACUCCUGUAACUGCCGACCCAAGAUAUAACCAUACUGGACCAACUCUCCAUUCACAGACAGCAUCCAUGCCUCCAUUUAAAGUUUUCCUUGGUGGUUCUUGCAAUCCUACUACAUGGAGGAAAGACAUAGCUAUUCCACAUCUCAACAAAGUUAAUCUAUCUUAUUAUAAUCCACAAGUAGAGAAUUGGACUCAUGAGCUGAUUGCAAUUGAAGAUGAAGCUAAGAUGAUAGCUGAACUGCUGCUUUUUGUUAUUGAUAAUUCAACACGUAGUGUGGCUUCACUAGUUGAGGCUUCAUAUUUAUCAGGAGGAAGACGAUCAUUGGUGCUUGUCAUGAAAGGGCUACCUACUCACGUUGAUAACGAGAAAAUAUCAGACAAUGAGCUGAAAGAUCUAAGGCACAGUCAUGCUUUCCUAUGCGACUUGGUAGAGAGACAAUGUUGCCCAAUAUUUGAGGAUCUCCCUGUUGCGUUACGCUGUGCUGCUAAAGUCCUUACUCGGGGUGUACAUAUGAGUCAACUGACUCUUGGAGAUGGAGCUCAACCAGUUAAGCAUGCUGACUUUAAAGUAGGAGACAAACUAAGAAAUAUAAAAGAAACCUUCAGGGAAUUUGACUCAACUAACAGUGGCAAAAUAUCUCUGAGCAAUGCAUUCCUCGCUAUUCGAGCCGUUACGGGUAAAGACCUCACAUUUCCAGCUUAUGAUCAAAUAGUAGCCAGCUGCCAAGAUUCAGGAGUCAAAACACACCUGGAUUUCAACGAGUUCUGUUGCCUGGUUACGGAAUACAAAUACUACGAACCACCAACCGACAAAGGACCAUUCUCCAGACUAACUUCAUCUAUUUAUCGUUGGUUAAGUACAUUCAAGAAGCCGUCCACUCCUAAGGAGAUUGUUGAGAUUAAGACUGAAGUAUUUUUAGGAGGAACCUGUCUACAUACAUCAUGGAGGGAAGACAUUGCUAUCCCAAUACUUCAACAACACAACUUGACCUACUUCAAUCCUUUAGUAUCUGAUUGGAACAUGGGUAAUAUCCCAUUAGAAGCCAAAGCUAAAGAAACCUCACUAUAUCUGCUGUUUGUUAUCUCUGCUACAUCUAGAGGAAUAGCGUCCAUGAUUGAGGUUGCUCACUACAUUGGUCAAGGACGUAAAGUUGUACUGUGUAUAGAGAACAUGGUGCAUGGAGUAUGUGUGUAUGAUGAAAAGCUUUCAGAACGGGCUGUGAGAGACUACAACCGAGCACGUUGCUACCUAGCUGAUCUUGCUAUACGCCAAGGUGUUCCAUUCUUUAAUGAUAUCCACAAAGCAAUGGAAGCCUUAGUUGGUAAACUCCUGGUGGAACAUCAAGUCAAUAAUGCGCAAUGAGCAAGUUUGAGUGCCUACAUUUAGUCGACCCAUGAUUAACCACUGACCAGCAACUUACAUGCGUAGUGAUGCACUCACUUGAAUGACUCGUUUGGAACCCUAGCCAACCAUCGGUACUAUGGUAUACAACACGCCAUUGCUUUUCGCUAGUGUCACUGGUUCCCUGCUGUGCUUUACACAUGUUAGCAUGGAACAGGCUAUCAGGACCAGUGAAGAAACC